AUGUCUCAAUUAAUCGGUCAAUGUCAAGAUGAAUUAUGUUUAAAAGGGGCCAAUCCUCAACCAAAACGUUUAUAUCUAUGUUCACAUCAUUGUUACGAAUUGGUAUGUCGUGCUCAUUUAACUGAACAUGAUGAAUAUGUUGAAAAACGACCUCAAUAUCAAAACAAAUUGAAAGCUUUAUGGAGCGAUUAUAUGGUAAAAUUUAAUGAAGAUCUAAUUCGAGAACAAAUUCAAAUUUUACAAAUCACACUUAAAAAUCAACAGAAUUUAAAGAAAUAUAUUGAGAAUUUAUUAACAAUUAAUCAUUUUCAUGAUUCAAUGAAAAAUAAUCAAGAAUUUGAAAUAGCUAUUGCAAAAGUACAGAAAGCUAUUCAACAAGAAAAUCAAUCAGAACCUACUCAUAAUCGAAUUUUAGGUUCAGUAAUUCAUCUGGAUGACCAUGAUGAACAGCAUCCAGCUGAUUAUAAUGAAGCAAAAGAUCAAACGUUAUCAACUGAUGGAAAUGUCUGUAUCCAUGUUGCAGAAAAUAAUCGAUUGGAUCAAGCAAAUUGCGCUACUGAAGAAUCGGCUGUAACGCAAACUGAAUCACCACUCAAUGAAAUGACGGAGAUUGAAAAUGUUGUUGCUCUCAAACAAGAUGGUUUUCAAAAAUCAGAAAGUAUUACCUCUUUAGAAGAUACAUCUGAUUUGAGUCAAUCAACGGCCAGCGAAUUAGAUCGCCAGUCAAGUGAAGAUAGUUGUUAUUAA